UAAUCAUGGGGCAAAACACCAUCCAUUAUCAAUCUCCGCUGGAAGCGACCCCAGCGAAUAAAGCGCAUGGUAAGUCAUCCGUUCGUAGGAAAACGGGGAAAAACGGCUAUUUAACCUUUUGCUGAAAUGUUUGGCGAAUUUACUGUUCUGUUGCCUCAUUUUUCUUAAAUUAAUGUUUCAUCCAUGAAAUAGCAGCCUUAGUUCCAAAUAUUUCAGUAAAUUAGAGAUGACUCCAAAUCCUUCUAAAACAACAGCCGACAGGAUCGACAAAGACAACAUUCUAGCUACAGGGAGCUCCCAAAGACAAAGGCGCCCAGUGGUCAAGUAUGAAUCGAAGUCGCUCAAUAAAACUUUGAAGAAAAAAUCAAAGAAAAAUAAGCAGGAGUUAAAAAAGGAUGCAAAACGAAAACAUAAAAGCAAAUCAAGACUUAUCAAAACAUCUCGCUCAAAGUCAUCCUUGCGGCCGACGAAGUCGCUGACGGAUGCGGCGGCAGUGGCCGGCCCGAGCCGCGGCCGACCUCGGCGCCGCAGCAGUGCGCGCAUCGCCUCGUGCAGUCCCCAUCCGUCCGGCUACUCCGCCCUCAGCGCCCGAAACCCCUCCGCCGACUCAGGCGUCAAAAAGGCGCGCCGUCGCAGAAAGUCGCACGGAUGGAGCAACAGGAAGCGUAGCCGCAGUCGGUCGGCCGCCCGACCACCCAAAACCACUGCGGCAGGUCCCAGUCAGCUGCACACCCGAGAUGAUGAGGCCGACAAACCGAAACCCGUCCAACCGGUGACCACAGACACUGGAGUUGACUUCUCAGACGUCGGAGGGCUACAUGAACAGAUUGAGAAGCUGAAGGAAAUGAUCGUAUUUCCCUUUCGAUAUCCAGAAGUCUUCAAAAAGUUUGGCUGUCCCAGAGGAGUUCUCUUUUAUGGACCACCAGGAACCGGGAAGACUCUGGUUGCCCGUGCCCUUGUGCAUGAACUGAGCAAGGGCACACAGAAAGUUACCUUCUACUCUCGUAGCGGGUCCGAUAUUCUGUCCAAAUGGUUUGGAGAAAGUGAAUCAAACCUGCGGGAUCUUUUCGAAGCGGCGAAAACCAACCAGCCGUCGGUGAUUUUCUUUGACGAGCUGGACGCGCUGGCACCCGCGCGCAACUCACAGCAGGACCACGUGUACACGACCAUCGUGGGAGCUCUGCUGACGCUGCUGGACGGCCUGGAGGACCGGCAGCAGGUGGUGGUGAUCGGGGCCACGAACCGCCCCGACGCCCUGGACAGCGCCCUGCGGCGACCCGGCAGAUUCGAUCGAGAAAUCUUCUUCCCUCCGCCCAACCUGGAGGCGAGGCGCGAGAUUCUGCGGAUCAGCGCGCCCGACGGCUGCUCCGAGCUGCUGACCUGGCUGUCGGAGCGCACCUCAGGCUUCUGCGGCGCCGACAUCGCGCUGCUCAUCAGAGAGGCGUUCCUGGCGGCCGUCAAGGAGGCCUACCCGUCCAUCUACAAUACCGCCGUCAAGGUGGACAUCGACCCCACCGUCAAGGUGAUGAAGCGGCACUACGAGACGGCUCUGGCCAGUUUCCGUCCGUCAGGCGGCCGCGGCAUGCAGGAGUGGAGGGAGGUGGUGCCGGAGAUCCUCCACCCGCUGAUCGACCACGACCGGCAGCACCUGGUGGACGUCAUCAGCCGGCGCUGCCCGUGGCUGCUGCCCAACAAAGUCAAACGAGGGGAGAUCUGCUCGCAGAUGCGCGUGCUGAUGUGUCCCGACGAGCGCUACCCAGAGGACCCCGAGUACGUCAGCAAGUCGGUGUUGUCCGCGUUCGCCGACUGCAACAUCUGGACCAUGGACGACGCCUACGUCAUGUCGCUCACCUGCGUCGAUGUCAUGCAGCUACUGUCGGAGCGUAUCCACGACGUGGGCCGGCACCGGUCGCCGACGGUGCUGUACAUGCCGCGCCUGGAGGAGCUGGAGGAGGCCCUCCAGCUGCGCGUCGGCACCGGCCUGGAGCGGCUGCUGGGCAUGCUGCCGCGCUGGGCGCCGCUGCUGGUGGUGCUGACCAGCGUGCAGCCGUACCCGGCGCUGGUGGAGCAGCAGCGCGCCGCGCUGGCCACCGCCCACCUGCACAAGGUGGUGCGGCCCGGCCAGCCGCAGCGCACAGCCUUCUUCACCACCCUGCUCAGCCACGGCCGCCACCUCUCCGAGCGCAGCAUCGACCAGCUGGUGGAGCUGACCCGCGGAUGGAGCGUCCAGGAGCUCGGACAGCUGAGCGUGCGGGUCUCGCAGAUCCGCGCCGAGACCAAACACACGCCGUCCGUGGCCAGCCUGAUCAAGGAGCUGACCAUAGAGCGACAGCUGAACAGCCGGAGAGCCUGAGGCCCGGAAAGUCCCGACUCCACCGAAAAGACAGGCCUAUGGACCAGACGAGAGAGAUGCGCACCCUUUCGGUGUGCGGAGAAUCUACGACAAAUGCUAUAUUUCAGCGUUCAGCAGCAUGUCCCUGACCCUGUUCUAAUUUUGGAACCAUUUUUGUAUUGUUUGUCUUCAUUUACCAGUCAUUUGUUUCCAGAGUCCGUUGUGGCAGCAAAUAAACACGUGAUGUUGUGUUA